UAGUCCAUAACGGCUGUCCCCCACUUUGGCGCUCAAAGCUUCCAUUUUCAGUUGAGAUUUACUCUCCCCUCCCGAAAUUGCCCUCUCCCUCCCAUUCAAUUUACAAAACCUUUCCCUUCCUCGGCGUCAAGAUUUCAACCCUUUCGCGCCCAUUUUCAUGUGUUUCCAUGGACACAACCGCCGCGAAGCUGAACAGCCUGGGGAAUAUUCUGGUCAGAAUCCUUUCCUUCGCCGUACUCGUCUUCCUCGCCCGCUUUGCUUACGUCAUCACCACCACCGGCAGCACUUACGACUCCCGUGACGCGAUCCGUACCGCCGGCGUCGUCCGUCUCCGUGACUUCUACUCCUCCCUCUUCCAGGACCUCGUCGCCGAGGGAUUCCUCUCCCUCGAUUCCAAAACUCUCUGCAUCGGCACUCUAACCGACGAAGUCGUCGCGACGCUGCGAGAUCUCGGAGUCGCCGAUUCAACCGGAAUCGCCGCGAAACCGUGGGUUCGCUACGGCCGCGCCUCCAGGAUCCCUUUUGAAGACGAAUCGUUUGACUUCGUCUUCUCCGGCGGUAUGGAUCUGGAGCGUACGGCCAGGCCGAUCGAAAUCGCGAACGAAAUUUCCCGAACCCUAAAACCGGGAGGCUUCUUCGUCGUCCUCACAUCGGGGACAGAUCCGUACAGUCUGAAUUCCUUACUCGCUCUAUUCAAUUCAUGUCGUGUAAUUCGAACCAGUGAAAUCGACGGAAUCGAUUUCCCGUCUCAAACGAUUCGCGAAGUGGUAUUGAUGAAAGACGACAAUCCCCUUCUUCCAGAUGACGAUUCAAUCAGAUUCAGGAGCAGGAAAUCUUCGUCAAAGUGUCCCGUUCCAGGAUUUAUGCACGAAUUAGUCAGAAACGCAGAGCCACUGGUACAGGAAGAACCGUUGAAGCCAUGGAUUACUCUCAGAAGAAACUCGAGGAACAUGACCUAUCUCCCUUCAAUGGCGGACAUAAGCUUCAAGAACAGAUACAUAUACAUAGACGUUGGAUCUAAAAACUACCGCUCCAGCAUCGGAAGCUGGUUCAAGAAGCACUACCCAAAGCAGAACAAGCCAUUCCAGAUUUACGCAAUCGAAUCGGACAGCUCAUUCCACGACGAGUACAAAUCAAAGAAGGGGGUCAAGCUCUUGCCAUACGCGGCUUGGAUUCGAAACGAGACACUGUUCUUCGAGAUAACCAGAGACCCAAGCAAGAGGAGGGAGGAACCCAGGGGCAGGAUUCAAACCGUGCAAUCUUCGCUGGAGUUCUUGGGAGGGAGAGAUAAGAGGAUUCAGGGAUUCGAUUUUGCAGAGUGGCUGGAGAGUCUGGGGCUGGAGAGAACAGAUUAUGUGGUGAUGAAGAUGGAUGUGGAAGGGACGGAGUUUCAUCUGAUCCGGAGGAUGAUUGAGAGGGGAGUGAUGUGCUUGGCAGAGUGGUGUUCUUGUGCAUCAAUGGUGGUGACUGGUGACUGCUCAGUCCUCACUCUUUUCCAGAGAUGCAAAGAUGGAAGGGAGAAGACAUUUUCCUGGAAAGGGAAGCUGAAGAUGGCGUGGUACUAAGUUGUGGAAAAGAAAAAGAGGAGGUGCACCUAAUUGCCUUAUGUAUGGGCUCAUAAAAUUGUUCAUAUUCGUUCGCUUUUAAAGAUUUCAAAUCUUCAAAUUCCUCAUCCGAUUGGAAUUGCAUCU